GGGGCUAUCUCUACUGAACAUUGCAUGUUAACCUGGCUCUGUAUGUGAGGUACAAUAAUCUCUAUCGUAUCUAUCUACAGAGGGACAUGCGGAAUUUGCUGUUACUUGCUUCCAUAUUUGCCUUCGGAUCAACUGUCUACUACCGAUAAAAAGGAACCCAUUCUACCAUCGGUAGGCUACUACUUAGCAGCAAGGUAAAUGGAGGGGACUAGAAACCCGACGGAUACGGGACAUGGCCUCACCGACAAAGACAUUUUGGACCUCUCUCGGACAGUCUCCUACGAUCACCUCUGCGACCUCGGAGUCCAACUCGGCUUCGGUUUGACCGAGGUACUUAACCUAAAGAAGCAGUAUCGAGAUGAUACAAGGGAGAUCGUCCAGUUUAUGCUCCAGAAAUGGAAGAUGAAGCUGCCUCCAAGUGAGUCGACCAUAGAGGCUGUUCAGGAGAUGCUGACGACUACAAACCUUACUAGAGAGGGCCUUUCUAAAACUGAUUCACCGAAAUCAGUCACACCAAAGUUAUCGGUCGAAAAGUGCAGAGAAAGACUCGUCGAUCAGUACAAGAAGACGUGCAAAAUCGCUCUCAAACCUUGGGACAAGACCAACUAUGCUGACUACGAUGAUCUUCACACAAGAAUUAGUCUUAUGGUAUCCGAAAGGGGUCAAAGAGGUGGCGAUGAUGUCAAGAAAGUACCGCUUCCUGGUUCCAUCAAUGAUAUCUUCAAGACCAAGGUCGAUGGUUCUCUUCCGAGCCGCAUUCUUAUGAUCGGUGGUGCGGGACAUGGAAAGACAACAUCACUGACAAAGAUUGCUUACGACUGGGCGACCGGAGCUGAAGACUCUCCCCUGAAGAAAGUGCCACUCGUGUUCGCCCUGAAGUUCAGAAGGAGUGAUCAACGCACGUCGCUUGGAGAAGCUAUCGUGAGACAGCUUCUUGGUAAACUAGAUGGCGUCACUCCUGAAGAAAUUGAGAAGUUCAUCGACGAAAAUGAAGAAGACUGCGUUAUCCUCCUUGAUGGUUACGAUGAGUACAGUGGGUCAAUAACGUCUGAAGGACCAAAGAGUAGUCUAGAUGAGCUUCUUCUGUAUCAGCGCUUUCAGAAAUGUCGUGUCCUAGUUACCUGUCGUCCACAUCGCCAAGAAGAUUUUGAAAUUGAUGAACUACCAAUCGUGUACGCAAAGAUGGAUAUAGAGGGAUUCGCAAAGGAGGACUCUGAUGAUUACAUUGAUCGAUUCUUUGGCAGUAAGGAAGCAGAUGCCACUGGCCUAAAGAACUAUCUAAAAGAUCAACACUCCAUUGGAUCUUUGAUCAACAUUCCGUUUUUCUGUAUGGCAUUUUGCGUUCUCUGGCAAGGCGAAUUUCUACAAGAUACACAAUCACUAACGGCAUUAUUCAACAGGUUAUUAAAAUACCUCCUUGAGCAUGCUCGAUCAAAGGCAUCUAUCGGCUCUAAGAGUUUGGUCAGCAAAUCUAAGAAGGGGUUAAUCAAAUCAGUUGUGGCUCAAUUCGGAAAAGUUGCCCUGAACAGUCUACUCAGUGAUAGCAAGAAGCUUAUAUUUGAGGAGGAGGAUUUCGUCGAUUGCCAGGACGAUCUCGAUAUAGCUGUUGAGAUUGGGCUGGUGUCGAAACAAACAGUGGUUGAAGAAACUAGCGAGUGGGACGAAUCAGAGACGACAUUCGUGGAGUUCUAUCAUAAGCUUGCCCAGGAACACUGCGCCGGGUUCUAUAUGUCGACCCUCGAUGGAGAAGCAUUGCAGGGAAUACUCGAAGGCAUUACCACCGAAGCAAGGGCACUCGAACUUGAGAACGUGUUGAAAUUUGCCGCAGGUUCGUCCGACACGGUGUGCCUAACCAUCUUGAAGAGGUUCGAAAGCAUCACCUGGUCCACACCGGCCCCUCACAUGCAUGCACUAGGUGAACGGAGUCAACAUCAUCGCCUUGUGUUUGACCUCCUCUGCGAAUCAACUGAAAAACUGACCGAAGAGCAAUUGACCUCUACGAUUCUCCCAUGUUUCAAAGAUGGUGAAUUUCAUUUUGUGGAGACAAGCUCAUCUGCCACAGUAUACGGGUUUGCAAGAAUUCCUAUGGAAGUUAAGGCCCAGAUCAAGACUAUGGUGAUUGCCUACUGCGAGCUCACGAGCCACCAAGUGCAUCUCUUGUGGAAGUCUCUCGCCCUCUGCAAGUCUCUGGAGCGGUUGGACGUGAAAGGAUGCGAUCUCCCGAUUGAUGGUCCGCUGGACAAACUCCGCUGCGUGCGACAGCUAGAUAUGAUGGGUGUCACCACGGAUCACCGCACUCUGCUCGCCAGUCUACCCAAUGUCGAGGAGGCGCGCAUUUCGAACGAAGAACGAAGACGGUCCGACGCUUACAUGAGAGAGAUAGCCCAUGGCCUCCUGGAGACGGAAGGGAUACAGACUGACGUGGAGCUGUCUCCCAUGAACGGAUUCACAAUUUUCAGGAGGUCCACCUGCGUCUCGACUGAAACAGUGAACUUCUUCAUCGAACGCACACUCCCACAUAUGACGUCCCCUAGAGCCCUUGUUCUGGAAUCUCCCAUGCACUACGAUGACGUCAUCAGGAUCAUCAUAGAAUGCAUCCGUAGACCGACUAUCUUCAAAAUGAGAUUUUUUCUGGAUGUCGAAAGCCCUUUAUGUUCUUCGAACGACGACGGUGAUCGUCCCGAUGUCGACCUCGCUCCACAAGGUAUCCGCGUCGCUGAUCGAAAGUUCUGGACCGAUGACGUCAUUGCUUGGAGGGAACACUAUAACAAUCUCUCUAGCGAAAGAGCGAGUGGUGGCUUCUGGGUGUACAUAGUAGCGCUGACAUCGGAUUCCAGGAAGUAUGAUCACUGCUUCGAGCACAUGGUAUUUACACUUGAACGACCUGCCUAAGAUAUCUCAGCUUUGGUCUCCCAAGGGGUUUGCUCCAGGAGAAAGUGGAAAUGGGGGAGUAACACCCCCACUCACCUUUUUUUUUCCGGGGGAGGUGCGGAAACCAAAUAUUCAUCGUUAUCAUGAAACCUUUAUCACUCUUCUUUUCACACCUGUAUGAGAACCUCGAUCGACAACCUCUACCCCGAUUCAACUGAAAUUGUUCAAACGACCGCUCGCCCCUGAUGAUGUCAACGCAAUUUAGACAACAGGGGAUGUAGAUACCCCUGCCUACGUCACAACUAGAUAUACUCUGACAAAUAGUCAUGAAGAAAUUGUUUCGUCAUUGGUACAACCAACUUUCGAAUGAAAUAUGGUCUUAUGAACACACACCUGACGAAAAACAAAACUGUUGAAUGCAAACAUUGUAACAUAUUUUGUUGUAGAUUUAGAAUUAAUCUCAUGGAGUAAUUAAAUGUUGCAUUCGUAAAAAAAAACUGGCUAAAAGCACUCCAUAUUCCUACCUUGCUUAGCGUACAUGGUUUAAAAAAAGGGGGAAAAACUUGCCGGACCCCAUAUAGGUACAGAAAAGCACCACUCAUAUUAUGAGUGAUCGCUCCUCAGCACGUAUAUCGGGUUUACUUGUAAUAUGGGUCAAUUUCUGUUUCGUAAAGAUAAAGUUGAGUUCUGGUCAUGCGAUUGCAUUGUGAAAGAAAAGGUGUGGGCUGGAUCAGAAAAAGUUGACCAUGUAG